AUGGCGACCACAGGCGGCCUUUUUGGCGCCAAGCCAGCAGGAACAGGACUCUUUGGAGCCGCAACGACCGCGAGCCCGCAAACAACCACCGGCGGAGGUCUCUUUGGCGCCGCUACAACCACGCCGGCAGCGACGAAUACUGGCACAACUGGCGGCGGCUUGUUUGGCUCAACAGCGACUGCUCAGCCAGCUCAAGCAUCUGGUACAACUGGUGGUGGUCUUUUUGGAAGCAAGCCUGCGGCGACAACGACAACGGGAACGGGAGGAGGCUUGUUUGGCAAUACCGCGACCCCUCAGCAGCAGACAACCACUGGUGGAGGUCUGUUUGGAAGCACCCCUGCGGCCCAGUCCAGCGCCACAACCGGUGGUGGUCUUUUUGGAAGCAAACCCGCGGCGACGGCAACGGGAACAGGAGGAGGUUUGUUCGGCAGCGCUGCGCCCACUCAGCAGUCAGGAGGUGGCCUCUUUGGUUCGGGAACAACUCCAGCAGCAGCCACCACCACAGGAGGUGGUCUCUUUGGAGCAACUACAGCUCAGCCAGCACAGUCGACAAACCAAGUUGCCGCCGUCCAGGUCAACUAUGACAAUUUGCGACCACGAUCGCGAUUCGAUGACCUUGCUCAGCCGGUCCAGAACCAAAUUGCUCUCAUCGACAAAGGCAUCCAGCGCGUCAUCAAGAUGAGAGAUGAGAUUGGCGAAUUCAUGCCCCAGCAUGAGAAGGACAUUGAUCAGCUCGGUCGAGACGUCCAGUUUGUCGAGUCCAAGUUCAAGACAGUCCAAGACGCCCUCAACCGCGAUAUUCAGACUGUCAAGGCCCUACAAGACAUGACCAAGAAGAACGUCACCGACGCUCAGCUCUCCUUCAAGGCUGCGGACAACCUCAAGUUACCGACACACUACCACCAAACCGGCCUCUUCGCCGGCCCCCCUCCAACCAGCGACUCCAACUCAGCAGACGCUUCAUCGGCACAUGCCAGUGCCCAAGACCUCAUUACUUAUUUUAACCGCAUCUGCGAUGACGUCGAGAAAUAUAAGAAACGCCUGGACGAAUACCGGGCGCAGAUCGAGCGCGAUAUGCCCGGGGUGGAAAACGGCCUCUACGAACAGAUUCGCAGCCUGCGCGACCACAGCAACGCGCCGGUCCAGGACCAGCUGAGCCAGGUGCUCGCGGCGCUGCGGGAGAUGGGCAGCGCGAUCGUUGCCCAGGCUGGACAGAUUGCGGAUACGCGGGAGAGAUUAUCACGAUUGCAGGCUGGGUUCUUGGAUAACGGCCUGUAUUCUGGCAUUUCCUCAUAA